CGACUAAGAUUUCGAUCCUUCAAAUUCUCUCUCUCUCUCUUCUUCUUCUUCUAAUUAACUAACUGACUCUCGCGAAUUCCCAGAAAAACAAAGAACUUUUCUCUUUUCUCUUUUUUCUUUUUUCCUUUUUCCUUUUUCUCCUCUCUCAACAAUAUAUAUUAAUUCCAUCGCAUAUAUAUACCAUUUCAAAUUAUUCAUCAUCUCAUCUCAUCAGAUUAAUCCAACGACAACCGUCAAUUCUCAACCACCCAACCCUAAUCCAAACCCUCUCUUCUCUCUCCCUCCCUCUCCACCGCCGUAGAUCCCUCACCUCCGCCACCAGAUCCACCACCAUCCAACCCAGAUCCAACCCCACGCGCCUCAAAACUGGACCACGCGCCUGUCACCAUGGUCGUAAGCGGUGGGAAGCCUCUGAAGCGGAUGAAGAGGAGAGUCACAGCCGAUUUCUACGACUUCCUCUCUUUCCCAUCGCCUUCACUCGCCGCAUCGGAGAAUUUCUCCGGCGGACCGUUCCGAUCUAAUGUUCGGAGCUUCCUGACGAAGCACGCGCUGCUUCCGCCUCCUUCGGCGCUGUUUCCUCACCUGCUGACGUGGCAGAUCCUCUUCCGCGUCGGCGAGCUCACAGACGGCCCCGAUUCGGGUCCCGCGGUGGUUUGCCUCGACGUCGUGGAGGAGGACGUUGCCAGAUCCAGAUCUGUUUACUGCGAUCAGUGCCGAGUUUUCGGUUGGAGCGGCCACCCAGUAUGUGGGAAGCGUUACCAUUUUAUAAUCAAAGCAGAUGGGAGCUCCAUUGGUGGGUACCACAAGCCAUGUAUGUGCUGUGGAGAUAUCUUGCACUUGUCAGAAUCCAAGUGCAAGUCAUGCAACCAUGUGACAACCACUGAUGAUGUUGAGGACUGGGUGUAUCAACAGUUAGAGAGCACGAGUCAUCUUUUACAUGGUGUGGUCCAUGCUAAUGGUUAUGGGCACCUUCUUCGCGUUAAUGGCAGAGAAGGGGGCUCUAAAUAUCUUUCUGGUUGCAACAUUAUGGAUUUCUGGGAUCGCAUGUGUAAGACUCUUGGAGUCAGAGAAGUUAGUGUGAUGGAUGUUUCGAAGAAAUAUGGUCUAGAAUACCGCUUGCUGCAUGCCAUCAUGAAGGGACAUCCGUGGUACGGUGACUGGGGAUAUAAAUUUGGCUCUGGUAGCUAUUGUCUCACACAGGAAGCAUAUAUGUCUGCUGUUGAAAACCUGUCCAAUCUACCCUUGUCCAGCUUCCUCUCCAAGGGACCAAUGCCCCAUUCACGCGUGCAGGACAUGAUUUCAUAUUUCCAGUCUUUGGCAGAGCAUGAGCUUGUAAAUAUGAGGGACCUAUUUUGUUUUUUGAUGGGUUCGAUUCAUGAUGCUCACAAGACUGCAUCAAAGGUUGAUGACAAUGACAUAACCUGUAAGAAGCGUCGACCAAAUGCUUCUGGACUAUCUGGUUCUUGGGAGAAGAGUGAUGUGGCACGUGUUGAGGAAGCCAUGCUCAGAGUGCUGCGUGCAGUCUCUGGAUCUAAUUGGGUGAGCUGGCGUGCUCUUAGAGGGGCUGUCUGCAAAGUGGCCUCUCCAGAUCUGCUUGAUUAUUGCCUUGGACAACUUGGAGGAAAAGUGGUCUUUGGUGGAAUGGUUGUUAAUAGCCGAUGCAAUCCUCAAUCUGCAGUUUAUGAGUUCAGACUUGAGGCUGCAAAUGCAUCAAACUAUGGAAUCAUAGCCGAGAGUAACUCUUCAGCCUCGAAGUAUCUAUCUGAAGAGAAUCUCCUACAAUGUUUGAGAUAUUUAUACGAGUCUUUGCUCCAUCCUCAAAUGGCCCUAAACUAUGUUGAAGAAGGGACUAGGAUUCUUGCAAUGACCUCAGCUCAGAAACUUCUGGACUGCAAGCAGUUUGUUAAAGAUUAUAGUCCUGAGAAGUCUCCAUUGUCAGAUUUGUAUAAAAUAGGCAUCUCAUGUCAGGUUGAGCUUGUGGACGAAUCUGAAGACUCCGAAGCUAGAAUUCCGCCAGAAAUAGUCGUGCUGCCUAUGGAUGCUACUGUGUCUGACCUCAAGAUUGAAGCAGCAAAUGCUUUUCAAGAUGUGUAUCUUAUGUUUAGAAGAUUUCAAGUAGAUGAGCUACUCGGCUAUAGCGGUGUAGACGAUUCCACCCAGGUCAAGCUCUUGUUAGGAUCGAAAGAUGUGGUCUGUGUUCGAGGAAGAUGCAUCGGGAAGAACGGGUUGGGUAAGUUCAGAAUGGAGCGGGGACUCGAGAGGUGGACUGUAGAGUGCAGCUGUGGGGCUAAGGAUGAUGAUGGCGAAAGAAUGAUGGCUUGUGAUUUUUGUGGAGUGUGGCGGCACACAAGGUGUACUGGUAUUCAAGACACUGAUCCUGUUCCAAUUCGUUUUGUUUGCCAGAAAUGCGUAAACUCCGACUCGAAGCCUAAACCUGGUGGGCACUGUAAAGAUGAGACUGUGACUAACGUUAGUGGUAGCAGUAGUUGCUUUGGAAAGGGCUUGCCAGUGCCUUCUGAUCUUAGUUUUAAGGCAUGGAUUUAGAUGUGUAUAAAAAGUCCUUUUGGUUCUUCUUACUUUGCUUCGGUCGGAAAGAACCUGUACAUAACAGAUAGGCCUGUGAUGACAUCGAGGACAGGGCAUGUGUAGUUCAUAUUUUCAGUUCGACUUUCGUUGUUUGUUUUGUGUAUAUAGACUGACUGAAAAUGUGCAGGAAGGGAAAAAAAUUUAGACUAUCCAACUAUUAAUGAUCUGGAAAGAUAACUUCUCUGCUCA